UUCCCAGUUUGUUUUGCUUAGUUUGUGGAUAAACAUAUAAUCUCAUCCACAUUCUAGAUCCCUGACCUCAUUAUAGGUCACCAUUAGACUCUUUAACGACCACUGCAAUCUUUGUGGCCUUCACUGUUGGACAUUCACGAACAGAAUAGAAUGGCAAAGUGGUUAAAGGACUAUUUAAGUUUCGGGAGCAAACGAGUUCCCCCGCAGCCGCCAAAACCAGACUACAGAGAGAGUGAGAUAUUGAAGGCGUAUCGUGCACAGAAGAACCUUGACUUUGAAGACCCUUAUAAAGACUUUGAGAACAGGGCUAGAAAUGACAAUGGGUCGACUGAAAUGUCCCACAUGGGUUUCGGCUCUCCUCUGAAAUCUUCGAGUCUGGAUAUCAAGGUUGUGUCGCCAAAACAUCGCCUCAUAAAGGUGGACUCGCAAGACCUGGGACGGAGCAAGAUUCUCCUAAGCUCUGUGUCUUUGGAGGAACCUACAGAUCCGGUGGUUCCUUCAGCUCCAGUCAUGGGAGAUACUGACUACUCCGACCCAUUCGAUGCUCGUUUGGACCCACGUCCCGAAACCGCUCAAGGCCCAAUCACUCCUGAAAACAACAGCUACAUGGAGCCCUACGAGGCCCAGAAAGUGAUAACCGAGCUGCAGAGGAGAGCUGGUGGUGGAGCAGGAGGUUGGGGGAGAGGGGAGGUCCAGCUCUAUGACACCCCAUAUGAGGAGCGCGUCCCAGGGCAGCCGGAUCUGCCUGAGGAAGGGAGGGAGAGCAGGCUGCCGCAGGACGACGAGAGGCCUGCAGACGAAUACGACCAACCGUGGGAGUGGAAGAAGGAACACAUCUCCAAGGCUUUUGCAGUGCAGUUUGAGGGUGCUGAGUGGGACCGUUCCUGUUCUCCCACAGAGCGCCUGAGGUGUCCCAGGCCUCCGCCAACCACAGGCAGCAUGAAGCUCCGCAAGCCCAGCGAACCUCAUUCAAUGAUCGGAGAGAGAGUGGAUCCCACCCUGCCCCUGGAGAAACAAGUAUGGUAUCACGGCGCUCUCUCGCGCUCCGAGGCCGAGUCUCUACUGACCCUCUGUAAGGAGUGCAGUUAUUUGGUACGAAACAGCGAGACCAGCCGCUUGGACUACUCUCUCUCUCUGAGGAGCUGCCAGGGAUUCAUGCACAUGAAGUUCAGCCAGUCCAAAGACGGCCGCUAUAUCCUGGGCCAGAACAGCCCUCCAUUCGACACCAUCCCUGAAGUGAUACACUAUUACACCACACACAAACUCCCCAUCAAAGGAGCCGAACACUUGUCCUUGCUCUUCCCUGUGUUGGUUCAGACUCUCUGAUUGGUCAGAGCACUGCAGUCCUCAGUGCUAUGGGUGGAAACAUACAGCCAAGGGAUAUGCCAUUGGGAAUGAAGAGUUCUUGGAUGAACAUUGCACAAAAUCAGCAACAAUGUAAACAAACUUUUUGGUCCCUUAUGUUUUUGAUUGUACAACAGCAUCUGGUUAAGGACAUCAACUUCUAAAAUGGACAUGUCAGAUCAAAUUACAGUUAGAUCUAUUCACAUGCUAUUUCACAUUCUUGUUAAUAACACUUUUCCAUCUCACAAAUGACCCUUCUGUGAACCAUACCAAACUGGUGGCAGCAAGACCUGUUGCUUGUAGAGUCAUCUGUCUGCGUUAUUCUCUGCUGGGAUGGUGGAAUAGCCACCGCUAAUGUUUGUUGAUCGAUUAGCAGCCUCUUAGGAUGAGCAGACGGGCCUCUGUAUUUUUAUAGCUGCUGUAAGAGACACUUCAACAUGGCUGUUUAUGACUAUCUGCUCUUUAAAAUUUGUAAAGCCUUUUGGUUCUAGUGAAGGAGACCACACACAAAUGUUUGGUCCACUCAAGACAGUAGUCCUCAGAAAGCCCUUUUAAUUCUUACAUAGUCUUUGUUAGACUUUGCCACUGUGGCUGGUCGUAGAUCAGUGCAUGUUGGCAACUUGUGUUGAGGACAGUAGCUGAUUCUAACUGAUGAAAAAAAUAAUAAUCAAUGAUGUGGUGUUUGAAUCAUGAUCAUUUGCAGAGAUGUUCCUGUAAUUGGUAAAUUAGGUCACCGAUACAGAAAAAUGCUGAAAAUGUGUUUCUGUAGCUGCUGUUUUAAACUGUUUUACAUGUUAUAUAAUAAACUUUCUAAAGAGAA